GAUAAAAUAAACUAAUCCUUGGGUUCGAGAUCUGUUUUUCGUUCUGCCUCCUCUAAAUUCUUUCAUUCUUUGAUUUUCUUUGUGAGUUGUUUCUAUUACUUUCAGCCAAGUUACAUUUGAUUCUAAAACGUUUAUUUUGUUGCAUAUAAUUUUUACAUUACCAAAAAAUAAAGAGUUAAUUAGGUGUUUGAUACUUUGAUUGAGCGUCACUCCUCUAAUCUCCAGUGCUAUAAAUUAAAACCCGUUAUGCUAAUAAGAUCACAAAGAAAGAAAGAAAGAAAGAAGAGCAAUGGAGAGCAUAAGGUUGAGCAGAGUUGUUGUUGAUGCAGUAGUAGCCGUUUGUCUCUCUAUCCUCCUCUUAUCGGCUAGAGAAGCGGAGGGGGAGUGUGAUCUCGCUAACUUUUACUUCAUAAGCGGUCCUUGUGUCACCAUUGACGAUUGCAAGAAGAGUUGCAUGGAGAUCAGUUAUUCUGAUAUCGCCUGCCUUGGAGAAGUGGGGUAUUUACCGUUUUGUUACUGCUGCUCUUAUGAUGGUAAUGGUGCUGAAAACUAAAACAAGUGAAUCCAAAAGAUAGAACCGACGUUAUUUUUGUGUAUGUGUUUGUGUUGCAUGUUUAUCUAUCUGACAUCUAUAUUCCACUGCUUGCCUUCUACUUUAUUGCACCCUUGCUAGCCUUCAUCAGUUUGUUUUGCGUUGAGUUUGAAAUAUUUUUAGAGUUAUGUUAAUGCAGUUUUAUUCUACUAAUAGCAUUAGCAAUACAUGAUCACAUGCCAUAAGACCGUCUUGCAAAUCUUGUUAAUAUAUGUAUAUACUUAAUUACAGCUGACAUGUAAUAUCAAUAUCUGAAAAUAUGGUAGUGCAUGUGAAAAGUGAAAAGAGAAAAAAGAAAAAGAUUUCCUUGCAUACGUAAAUCAUCAAAAAUAUUGUAAACAUUGUCACAUAUGUUAUAUAUGCAUAUAUAUUAUUAUUGCUUGGGUUGCUGUUGAAACUGAUAGGCCACCAUGCAUGACGACGUUAUGAGUCUAAAAAAUAAAAAAGAUUAGUUGAAGAAGAAUAAUCAGUGUUAAUCUGAGCCUACCCAUCCGUUGCUAUAAAUAGCGUAGUAAAUUAGUGUGUCUUGUAAUUCCUCACAAAGAAUAAAACCAGACGGCAUAAAGAAAUCAAGAAGAAAGAGAGAAAUCGAUGGGUAGCUUGAAAUUUACCACCGUCGUUGUUACAGUCCUUUUUCUCUCCCUUCUCCUCCAGUCUCCAGCAGUAGAGGGACGUGAGUGCGUAAGAGGCUUGGGGCAUUGGUGUGACGGUUAUGAUAGUGAAACCCGUGGACCAUGCUGGGAUAGAUGCGUUCGAGAUAUGGGUGAUAAAGCGGUGAGGAUCUCAUGCUUUAUACCACCUCCUCCUUACUGGCCUCCUUCCUCGCCUCCCAUGCCGGAAUGUUUAUGUUACUAUACAUGCGACUCUGAUAAAGCGGAAGCCAUGUGAAAGAUAGAUAUCCAUCUCUCCCUCCCUACCUCACUUUGUAGCUACCUUGGUUCCGUGUGUGUGUG